AUGUCGGAGGCAAGAAGCAGCCAAAGCAACAGUAGCAUCAGCAAAGGCGUAUCAUCUCUUAUCACGAAACCGGCUAAUUUGGAAUGCAAAGAUCUAGAGGAGUAUCUGAAAUCGCGCCCACCAGAAGUACUCGAAAAGCUGUACAAUUAUCCAGCAAUCUGCCUCGCAGUGUACAGAGAAUUGCCAGAAAUUGCACGUCAAUUCGUCAUUAGAAUUCUAUUCGUCGAGCAACCGAUUCCACAAGCAGUCGUGUCUUCGUGGGCAACACAGGUAUACGCAAAAGAAAACACUUCCGUAUCGCAAGUGCUGACAGAGCUCGGUGUAUGGCGCAGCGCGGCUUACCCGGGCGGGUUGGCCGCUUGGGAGCUGUGUCCGACGUUCAAGAAGAACCUGAAAAUCGCCCUGUUGGGCGGCGGUCGUCCAUGGUCGAUGUCGAACGCGCUGGAUCCGGAUCAGAAAUCGCGCGACAUCGACUUCCUGGACACGUACGCCAUGUCCCGGUGGCGUUGCGUGCUGCAUUAUAUGGUUGGUGCCGGUAGCUCCAAAGGCAUGGAAGGCGAAGGCAUCUCACCGGAUGCGGUGCGCAUUCUGCUUCACGCUAAUCUCAUGAAACGGGACGAAUCCGACGGCAGUCCCGUCAUCACGAGACAAGGCUUUCAGUUCCUGCUGCUGGACACGCAAGCUCAGGUGUGGCACUUUAUGCUGCAGUAUCUCGACACCUGCGAGGCCCGUGGACUUAGCCUCCCCGAGUGCCUCUCGAUGCUGUUCCAGCUCAGUUUCAGCACCCUUGGGCGAGACUACAGUUCGGAAGGACUUAGCGCAGGUUUGCUCACCUUCCUGCAGCAUCUCCGCGAGUUCGGGCUCGUGUACCAACGGAAGCGUAAAGAGGGUCGUUUCUAUCCCACGCGCUUAGCGCACAAUAUCACCUCGAAGAAUGCCUCGCAUGCGACCACCUUGGCACAGGAUCAGGAGACGAACACCACCAAGGAUAAGGGCUACAUAAUCGUGGAGACGAACUAUCGUGUUUACGCGUACACCGACUCCAAUCUUCAGGUGGCUCUGCUAGGUUUGUUCACGGAGUUACUCUACCGAUUUCCGAAUCUCGUUGUCGGUGUGCUAACGCGCGAUUCCGUUCGACAAGCCUUUCGCGGUGGUAUUACGGCAGAACAGAUCAUCAGCUACCUCGAACAGCACGCGCAUCCAACGAUGUUGACCGUCGAGCAGGCGAUUAACACCAAAUCCUCGCUGCCACCGACCGUCGUCGAUCAGAUUAAGCUGUGGGAAAAUGAGCGGAACCGCUUCACCUACACCGAGGGCGUCGUGUACAAUCAGUUCCUCUCGCAGGCUGAUUUCAUAACUCUUCGCGAUUACGCGCAGUCGAUCAGCGUGAUGAUAUGGCAAAAUGAGCGCAUUCGAACAAUGGUCGUAACGAAGAAUGGUCACGAUGAUGUCAGAAAGUUCUGGAAACGGUAUUCCAAGGGUGGUAGCUAAAGGAAUAAAUUCGAUCAGUAUCAGGCUAGUUUAAGGUUUUGUUAA